UAUUCUGCCGAAAUCACUUUAGAUUUGGAAAAGUUCCUUUUUUUUGAUGACCUAGAUUUGAAUUGUCAAGAUUCCAUUUUGCCAUGCGCAUGUGCAGUUGCAGAUCACAGAAGACGUCAAAGUGUGAUAACGACAGAAAUCAUUUGCAACAACAAGCCGACAGUCACGCUUAGAAUGUCUAUGGAAAAAUCUGCACUUCGAACAGCGCUGACCUUUGGAGUUGUUCUUCGCUUUUUGGUACCCAAGUGUUUCAUUUUGCUUUCUGCCUGUCUUCAAGUGUAUCCUUCAAGCACUAGUGCAGCGAAAAAUCAAAGUUUUCCGGCUUCUCUGAGAACGUCAUUGAAGCCUUCUCCAUCUUUUAAAUCCAUUCCGGGAGCUACAAGACUUGUUGUGGAAAGAACAGCAUUGGAGAUGUUUAAUUCCACAAAUAUGAGUCUUAUGAACAUGUCGAGACCGUCCACUGAAGAACCAGUCUUAGGCAGACAAACAGCAGUGGUUCUUGAAUCUUCCAUAACGAUUAAAAGUAUUAUAAACUUUAAGGGGAAGGAAGAGCCAACAAAUACAAUACGCGUUGAACAUGCAGAUGAGGACAAGAGCGUCGUAUUCUACAGAAAGAUUGGCGGUUGGAUAACCUUGGGCAUUGUAUCCACUACCCUUGUCUUUCUCACAGUCACUCAUUUUAGCUCCAUAUACCACGUCAAUCAGAGAGGACGGAUAACGGAGCCUUACUGUUCCAUAUCUCAAAAAUUGCAGGUCAUUUGAAUGGUUUGGCACAUCGUUAAGUAUAUGAGGCUGGUGCCAAUAAAAUCUCACAAACACAGGCCAUUAAAAGUAGCCAGUACGUGGAAACAGAUCUCGGUGUAGCGGACAUGUCCAUUUAUUCUCUAGGAUGUGGAAUGAUCACCCUAGAAGAAGAGUUGAGUCUGAGAAGUCAAAUAAAAUGACUUUUCCUUAUGGACACUAUAUUACUUAA